UUCAGGUGAAGUGGUCUUACUAAAAACUAAAAAGUUUCAGAGGAGAAGAAAUUCAGAAAACCAGAAACAGAGAGAUAAAGAGGAUCUUCAUAAAUUAUAUCGAAAUCAGAUAUAAUUCAAGAAAAUGGAAUAUAGAGGUCAGAGAAGGACAAUGGAUGGUGAUGAUCUGGAGUUGAGCUUACCGGCUGGAUUCAGAUUUCAUCCGACGGAUGAGGAGCUGGUCAUGCAUUAUCUGUGCCGGAAAUGCGCGGCGCAGCCGAUUUCUGCCCCAAUUAUAGCUGAAAUUGAUCUCUACAAAUUUGAUCCUUGGGAGCUUCCAGAAAUGGCUUUAUACGGUGAAAAAGAGUGGUACUUUUUUUCUCCGAGAGAUCGGAAGUAUCCGAACGGUUCACGGCCGAAUCGGGCGGCUGGGACCGGGUACUGGAAAGCCACCGGAGCCGAUAAACCGAUCGGGAAGCCAAAGGCUCUGGGAAUAAAGAAGGCGUUGGUGUUCUAUGCCGGAAAAGCUCCGAAAGGCAUCAAAACCAACUGGAUAAUGCACGAGUACCGCCUGGCUAACGUGGACAGGUCCGCUGGCAAGAGGAACAAUUUGAGGCUGGAUGAUUGGGUAUUGUGCCGCAUAUACAACAAAAAGGGUACUCUUGAAAAGUAUUACAAUGUGGAUCAAAAGGCAUUGAGUUCCCAAGAAGAAAUGGAAGAGCAAAAGCCCAAAAAUCUGAUCAACUUUGAACAAAAUGGGAUUGUAACAACAGAAGCAAAGAAAAUGCAGCAAUUGCAGCAAAACGCAAUGGCACAACAAAUGAUGAAUGACUAUUUGCAUUUUGAGACUUCUGAGUCUGCACCGAGGUUGCACACAGAUUCAAGUGGAUCUGAGCAAAUUCUAUCUCCUGAAGUUUUAUCGCCGGAAUUCGCCUACGAGAAGGAAGUCCAAAGUGCCCCCAAAUGGAGUGAUUUGGAGAGGGCUCUUGAUUUUCAGUUCAAUAUGGAUGGCUUUCAAGAUGAUCCUUUUGUUUCUAAUCAAAUGCAGUACAAUGAUCAGGUCUACCCAUACCAGGAUAUGUUCUUGUACAUGCAGAAGCCCUUCUAAUCGCCUCACCAAAUGCUUCAUGAAGACAACUAUGUAAAUCAUUCAAUUUGUUGGUUCCUUGGUAAAUCUAUUGGUCCUCUUCUCUUUUUGUUAAUCCAAGAAGAGAUGGGAGGGUUAGGAAAGGGAACUAACAAGCAAAAAAAAAAAAAAGAAUAGGAUAGGCUAUUCUUUGUCAACUAGUAUUGAGCGGAGAAAAUCUUGGUCUGACGACUAAGGUUGAAAUUUUAGAAAUUAAAGGUUCUGAGUUAAAAUUUCUUGCUCCCUCCCUCCCUGCUAUUUUUAAGUCCUAGUAGCUCUCCCCUGCUGCUGGGAGAAAAUGUAAGAAAAAAAAAAAAGUGCAUGUGACAUUUAUAACUGAAGUACAUGGGGCCUGAUGUCUUAGGUAGUGUUGUAUUUAGAAUACAACUUGAUCAAUCACCUGUAUUCAUCCAUCUGAAGUAAUAUAUGAAUAUUUGUUUAUUGAA